AUGUUUUCUCUUUGCAUCGUCAUGUUAUGCUUGAGGUUUACACUCGUCGUCUUCAAUGCAGUGAUCGACUCAUUCUGGUCCCCAUGGAACGCUUGGGCCACCUCAGGAGGAAACGCACCGGGGUUGGGGGCAAAUGUGGGUCCCAUUCCCGACAGGAAGGUGCCAAGUGUGGAGCUGACCGUUGCAGGAACAAGCUGCCAAGAACGUCAUGGAAAACCAAUGACGACAUACAUGGCAGUCACCCGAACACACAACAGGAGCUUGCAGCUCAGCUUUGUUGGCUACAAAGGUGAUUUCUUGUCUCUAACAAUUGCUUCUGCUUUUCCUCAAAAUGUUGACAGAGAUCACGACCACCCCGAGUCCCAUACCUUAAAUUUCUUCCCAAACAACUCUUUAAAAAGCACCUACACGACUCCCCUCCAGACAUCAUCAACCUUGAUAAGUCGCGAUAACGAUAAGGAUAACCACAACAUCCGACACGACACAGACAAGAUGCCCAACCGACUUGUUGAACAGGCCCAGGAGGUCGCGAAAGAGGACAUCGACAAAUACAAGGCCCUUCUGAACGAUGCUGCCAGAAGCCGGUCUUACUUGUAUCCCAUCAAGGGGAUUUUCUACUUCAUGUCCCAUCGCGAGCUGUGGAAGCCCCUGGCUUCGAAGCUGGUACCUUACCUCGGGCUCUAUGCUUCAGUCAUGGGACCCAUGUUCUUCUUCACAUAUCUCCCUCAGUUGGCCAUCAUGGUCUUCGUGAACGGGCCUCUCGCUGUGCUCACAACUAUCCUUCUUGUCCUCAACGAGAGCGCAGCCGUUGUCUCGAUCCUCUCGAAAAGUUUCCUGCUGCAGGACGCGCUUCUGGACACAUUCGACGGUACACUGAUCGCGAAAAACAAGACAGAGAUUGUUGCAAAUGGCAGAGAGGUCAACUCUCGGGGAGACGCUAUUCAGAAACUGGGCAAGGCACUGAAGAAACCAUUCAGCAAAUUCAGCGUUAAGGAGCUGGUUCGAUACUUCAUGUACUUGCCUCUCAACUUUAUUCCGGUUGUUGGAACAGUGGCCUUCAUCGUUAUCCGCGGCCGCGCUCGUGGCAACUCUGUUCAUGAUCGGUACUUCCAACUCAAAGGAUGGUCUGCAUCCAGAAAGUCUGAGUGGCUCUCAAAGCAUAAGGGCCCCUACACUGGACGCCUCCGAAAGUCUUGGAUUCAUGAAGCACAAAUCGCUUCGAGAGCGCACAUGUCGGCUAAACUAUCCACCUGCGACACUCUGACGUAUCACGCACAAUUUGAGGCUUUGGUUUGGCUAACCAUGACUGACGUUACCAGUUUCGGAACUGCUGCCACCCUUCUCGAGAUGGUUCCGGUGGCGUCCAUCGUCUUCUCGUUCACCAACACAGUUGGCGCUGCUCUCUGGGCCGCUGAUAUCGAGGGCAAGGAUACCGAGAUGACCAAGGCCACAGCCCCCGAACUCCGGGAGGCGGCCAAGAAAGUGGAGUGAGAUCUGGACUCGUGCAAAGGGCCGAGAUUACCUGAUUGACCAGGGCCCGGUCACACAGUCCCAACGGUGUUCCUUUCAGCAUGAUACAGAGAAACCCAUGUGAAGGUGAUGGCGGCAUUUAGGGGAGCAGCAUCGAUAGACGGUGGAGCACGACAUUUUGACAGCGCAGCAUGCCGUGCCACCCUUUCGACGCUCGGAAAUGGCGAAGGUUUAUCGGCGCUGGAAGUUCCAACAUUGUUUCAUGGUAUCCAAGCUUGCGUGGGAUUUCUUCUCACAGGGUUGAGGUGGUCAAGGAGCUCAAGGGGCAUGGAUUUGAUGGUUCUUAAUUCGUUUUAGUUUGCAUUACGGAAGGCGUUCUCCGGCGUUUUGCCUGCAGGUUUUCAAAGAAGGAUGCUCUGUCUUUUAAUGGAACGUUGUUUUGCAC